GAUGGGUGGACAUUUCUUCUUUAACCAAUCAAGACGAGUAGGAUUCAUUCGAGCCGAACUAGUUUAGCUUAACAGCACCAUAAUGACCGAUAAUCAUCGUCGAUGUGGCCUAGGAAUUCAAUUUGGAGAGACGCUCUGCUACAGGCAUAGAGCUAAUUCAACCACCUGAUCGGAAGUCGGAACCUUCAACAAUUUCUUAACUGAGGGUGAAGAAAGAUGCUGUUUCAGGUUGGUGGGCAGGGGACUCGGCCCACCUUCUUCGAGAUGGCCGCUGCUCAGCAACUCCCUUCCAGCUUGCGAGCCGCUCUUUCUUACUCUCUCGGCGUUUUGGCUCUGAGAAGACCUUUCCUCCACAAAGUUCUUGACUUUGAAGAUGAAUUCUUUGCUUUUCUCAUGCUUGUCCUUGAAACUCACAGUUUGCGGACCACAGAUGCAUCAUUUGCUGAGUCGUUGUAUGGGCUAAGGAGGAGAGGUGUUAACGUUCGAGUUACUAAUGAUAAGAAACGUUUGGAGUCGAGUAAUGGAGUUCAUCACACAGGAUUGGAGAAGCGCCAAAAAAUUCUUUCCGUUGCAUUCCUUGUGAUAUUGCCAUAUCUUAGGUCAAAGCUUCAUGCAGUAUACAACAAAGAAAGAGAGGUUGCACUUCAAGCUAGUUUAUGGGGUGAAGGUGAUGACAGAUUUACCAGCACGAACAAUCUUGAUACACAUGCAUCUUCUUUUGUUUCUACAACAAAUAGCUCUGAUACUGAAGCAACAUCAACAAGAGAACGCUUGAGAAAGAGAAUUCGGAAGUGCAUUGCUAUUUGCUACCCAUGGAUACAUGCAGGAAAUGAAGGGCUUUCAUUUGCUUACCAGCUAUUAUUUCUACUGGAUGCUACUGGGUUCUACUCUAUAGGAUUGCAUGCAUUGGGCAUUCAAGUUUGCCGAGCAACAGGACAGGAAUUGUUAGAUUGAUACUUCUUCUAGAAUAUCCAAGAUAAGAAAGCAUGAACGUGAGAGGCUCCGUGGCCCCCCUUGGCUAAAGAAAAUACAAGGUGGGUUACUUGGUUUUGCAUAUGCUGCUCUUGACUAUGCUCAAACUGGCCUAAUUGCUGCAGUAUUUUUCUUCAAAAUGAUGGAGUGGUGGUAUCAAUCAGCUGAAGAGCGAAUGUCAGCCCCGACCAUUUAUCCUCCUCCACCACCACCACCAGCCCCAAAGGUCGCUAGAGAUGGUAUUCCUUUGCCUCCAGACAAGUCACUCUGCCCUCUGUGUUCACAAAAACGAGUUAACCCCUCUGUAGUGUCAGUUUCUGGAUUUGUCUUUUGUUAUUCCUGCAUAUUUAAAUAUGUCUCUCAGUACAAGCGUUGUCCGGUUACACUUACUCCUGCAACCGUGGAUCAUAUAAGGCGACUUUUUCAUGAUGUUUGAAAGUUUUAUCUAGUAUGAACAUCUGAUUUUAAUUAAAGUCCAAUUAUAUGCAUUCCAAGGAUAUUGUUGUCGUUAGCAAUUUUUAGUUUCUCUUAUUCUGAAAAGUUAUUAUUUGAGAAAUUUUGAGUUUGCAUCCAUGUUUACAUUGAAACUGAACAUUGUACCUCAUUUUAAAAUCUUUUGAGUUACACCUCAAAGUCCAAUAGCAGGGAUGCAGAUUCAAAUUACAAUCCAAUGGGGUACAAAGUCUAAGAGAAAUACUCCACUUUUGGCACGUUGAGGACUUGAGGUGCAAAUUGAGAUGAUUUAAACCAUGAAACACAAAGUCCAAUUUCCAAGCAUAUAUGGGUUGUGAUUGUGUGAAUUCAUAACGCAUAAUAAUAUUGCCAAGUGAUUUUGAAGGGAGAGUACCUUCCAAGCAGUGUUUUAAAAUGCAUGAAAAGGUGUGGCCUAAGUGGGCCUAGGCGCAAUGCACCAUCAAUGAGCCUUGCAUACUUGUUAUGUGUGGGAAAAGGUGACCUGCUAGCCCAUUAUGACCUAAAAACGGAGAUUUUUUUUUCAUAACAAGUAUGCAAGGGCCAUUGAGGCAUUGGCUACACGAAGAGAAGCGGGAAGUAUCAUACCCAAAAAUCUGUAAUAUUACGUAUUCCAUAGUUCCAGUGUGCGCCAAAUGUAAUUUAGAGCUGGACUCGACCCAAGUUCACCAUCAAGAUUUGCUUCAGCUAACUUAGCCAAACGCAAUCUGCUCUUUACAUGGUUAUGGUGGUGGUGGUGUGGCUACUGCGGUGGCUGCCGCUGCUGCCUAGUUCUCCACAUGUUUGGGUAGUAGAUACUUGAUUCGAAUGAGUCGUUCCUAGUCACUACACAUGAGGUUGAGAGGUUCCAUUCUAGUCAGAGUUGAAUGCAUUUUCUUCUUGUUUAUUGGAAACUUUCUAACUUGUAUUUCUUUCUCUUAGUUGGUCGUUUAGUUGUUCUUGUACGAUGAAAAAUAUGAUGAUACUUUAACGAUGAAUACAAACUUCAAGCCUGAUCGAGCGGUGAUCGGCAAUAACAAUUAUUUUAGCUAGACAAACUCUAUCUUAUUCAUGUGCACAUUUGAACA